AUGGAAAGUGCUGAUUACCACCGAGGAAUGGACGCUAAAGAUUUAAGCUUGGUACCCGAUUUGGUUCUACCUCCCAAAUUUAAUAUGCUAGAGUUUGAGAAGUAUGACGGGACAAGUUGUCCUGAAGCUCAUAUUACUAUGUUUUGCCGAAGGAUGACCGGGUACAUCAACAAUGAUCAACUGUUGAUUCACUGCUUUCAGGACAGUUUGAUCGGGUCAGCGGCUAGAUGGUACAAUCAAUUGAGUUGAACUGAAAUCCACUCCUGGAAAGAUUUGGCGCAGGCCUUUAUAAAGCAAUACAGACAUGUGAUGGAUAUAGCACUCGAUCGAAUUGUAUUGCAAAACAUGGAAAAGAAGACUAAUGAGAGCUUCCGACAGUAUGCUCGGAGAUGGAGGGAAGUGGCAGCGCAAGUUCAACCACCACUUUUAGAGAAUGAGAUAACCAUGCUUUUUAUCAAUACCCUGAGAGCUCCAUUUCUCAAUCACAUGUUGGGCAGUGCCACUAAAAGCUUUUCAGACAUAGUGAUGUCUGGAGAAAUGAUAGAGAACGCCAUAAGAUGUGGCAAGAUAGAGGCAGGAGAAAGUACUAAAAGGUCAGCACCAAGGAAGAAGGAGUACGAGAUAAACAAUACAAGCACGUUUAAUAGGGACCAUUCUAAAUCAAUCACGGUGGGGCAAGCCAGUGCAGUAACCACUAAUCAGCAAAGUUUUUCGAAACAGGAAUCCAAUCCAAGGCCAAAUGUAGAGAAACUUCAAUUCACACCCAUCCCAGUGACGUAUAGGGAAUUGUACCAGAACUUAUUCGAUGCACAUAUGGUAUCUCCAUUUUACCUAAAACCUAUGCAACCUCCAUACCCUAAGUGGUAUGACGCAAGCGUCCAAUGCGAGUAUCACGCGGGGACCAAGGGGCACUCAAUUGAAAACAGCAUUGCAUUCAAGAAGUUAGUUGAAAGACUUAUCAAUUUGGGGAUCGUAAAGAUAGGUGACUCAUCAAGACCAAACGUAGCAGAGAAUCCGUUGCCCAAUCAUGAUAAUAAAGGGGUGAACGCGAUAAUUGAGAAUGGAGGAAGGAGAGUCAAAGCCAACGUAGCAGAGAUAAAGACCCCCUUGAAUGGGUUUGGAAACAAAUGCAAAAAAGUUCCUUGGAAUUACGACUGCAAUGUGACAAUCCCAAGAGAAGAGAGCUUGGUAAAUGCUUCAGGAGAGGAUGAAGGAUUCUAUACACGAAGUGGGAAACGCUAUGAUCCGGCAAACGCAAGAGUGGAAUCUGGAAAAGGAAAAGCCUUAGCAGUUGAGUUGGGGAAAGUAAAAACAGACAAAAUUGAACCGCGUGUCAAUCAGCCGGUAACUGAAAAUAAGGCUAAAGAAUUUCUAAAAUUCUUAAAACAUAGCGAGUACAGCGUGGUAGAACAAUUACAUAAGCAACCGGCUCGUAUCUCGGUGCUUGAAUUGCUUCUAAGUUUAGAGGUACAUCGUAAUGUGUUGAUUAAGGUGCUAAAUGAAACUUAUGUCGCUAGCGAUAUCUCAGUGAAUAAGUUGGACCGUUUGGUUAACAAUAUCAGUGCCGACAAUUUUAUUUUCUUUAAUGAUGAUGAAAUACCGCCGGGGGGAAGAGGAGCCACAAAAGCAUUACAUAUCACUACUCGCUGCGGGGAGUAUAUGUUAGUGGGAGUGCUAAUUGAUAAUGGAUCAGCCUUGAAUGUUUUACCCCUAUCUACGUUAAAUAGGUUACCGGUGGAUAGUUCCCACAUGAAAUCAUGCCAGAAUAUAGUGAGAGCAUUUGAUGGUACCGAAAGGAAGGUGAUGGGAAGAAUAGAAAUACCCCUCUUGAUUGGCCCAAAUACAUACGAAGUGGAUUUCUUAGUGAUGGAUAUCAAGCCUUCGUAUAAUUGCUUGUUGGGGAGACCAUGGAUUCAUUCAGCAGGGGCGUUGCCUUCAUUAUUGCACCAGAAGUUGAAAUUAGUGACAGAAGGCCGGUUAGUUACGGUUGACGCUGAGGAAGACAUCAUUGCAUCGGUAACCAGUGACGCACAAUAUUUGGGAGUAGAUGAUGAGGCGGUCGAAUGUUCUUUUCGAUCCUUAGAGUUUGUAAAUGCAACUUUUGUCACUGAGGGAAAGAAAAUCCCAAUGCCCAGUAUAUCUAGAGCCACAAGGAUGGGACUACAAAUGACAGUUGGGAAAGGAGCUGUGCCUGGAAGAGGACUGGGAAGAUGCCUUCAAGGAAGGAUAGAGGCACCAGUGGUAAAGGACAAACGAGACCGUUUUGGUUUAGGAUUUAAGCCAAAUGCUAAGCAAAGAAGGAAAAAGUUGGAGAAAAGACAAGAGAGGAGGAAGGCACAUUUGAACGGAAAAGAAAUUGAUUGGGAACCGUUGGCUUUCCCCCACAUAUCCAGGACCUUCGUAUCAGGAGGAACCAUGUAUUCUGGACUGAGGACUCCAAGAAAGAAGACCACAGAGGAAAUGUCCCAAGAUAUCAAUGACAUGAGUGACUCUACUAUGGACUUAGAAAAUCCUUUCGAACGAGAUAUGUGUUUAGAGGAAUCUCAAGAUUUUGAAGAUAACAUAAAUUGCAACCUAUCUCCGGACUUACUGAGGAUGGUAGAGCAGGAAGAGAAACAAAUCCUACCUCAUGAGGAGACGAUAGAGACGGUGAUCCUGGAAGAGGGAAAAGUAGUAAAGAUUGGCACGUGCAUAGCUGAAGAAGUAAAACAAGACCUCAUUGAAUUGCUUCGAGAGUUCAAAGAUGUCUUCGCAUGGUCAUACCAAGAUAUGCCGGGGUUAAGUACUGACAUCGUAGUUCACUGACUUCCUAUAAAGGAAUAUUGCAAACCAGUUCAGCAAAAACUCCGAAGAAUGAGGCCUGAUGUUGUAUUAAAAAUAAAAGAGGAGGUGCAAAAGCAAUUCGACGCUGGAUUCCUGCAAGUGGUCAAAUACUCCGAGUGGGUAGCCAAUAUUGUUCCUAUCCCUAUGAAAGAUGGGAAGGUACGAAUGUGUGUAGAUUAUAGAGAUUUAAAUAAGGCUAGCCCAAAAGAUAACUUUCCCUUGCCGCACAUCGACGCUUUGGUGGACAACACAACAGGGCAUUCGUUGUUUUCUUUCAUGGACGGUUUCUCUGGAUACAACCAAAUUAAGAUGCAUCCUGAGGAUAUGAAGAAGACUACAUUCAUAACCUUAUGGGGAACCUUUUGUUAUAAGGUAAUGCCAUUUGGGUUGAAAAAUGUAGGGGCAACGUAUCAGAGGGCCAUGGUAACACUGUUCCAUGAUAUGAUGCAUAAGGAGUUAGAAGUUUAUGUUGAUAACAUGAUUGCAAAAUCUAAAACAGAAGAGGAAUAUGUGCAGGUCCUUAAGAAAUUAUUUAUGAGGUUGAGAAAAUUUCAGCUAAAGCUAAAUCCAGCGAAAUGCACAUUUGGGGUCAGAUCAGGAAAAUUGCUGGGAUUUGUAGUUAGUGAAAGAGGAAUUGAGAUUGAUCCUGACAAAGUAAGGGCAAUACAAGAAUUGCCUCCGCCGCGUACUCAAAAAGAGGUUCGAGGUUUUCUAGGAAGACUGAACUACAUCGCUCGGUUUAUUUCACAAUUAACCGAGAAAUGUGACCCCGUAUUCCGUCUCCUUAGGAAACACAAUCUAGGUGUAUGGGAUGAGGAAUGUCAAAAAACUUUUGAAAAAGUCAAAUACUACUUGUCCAACGCCCCAGUGCUGAUGCCACCUCGCCCAGACAAGCCAUUAAUAUUGUAUCUAACAGUAUUUGAAAAUUCCAUGGGAUGCGUGCUUGGUCAACAUGAUGAGUCAGGACGAAAAGAAAGAGCAAUCUACUAUCUCAGCAAGAAGUUCACCGAAUACGAAACAAGAUAUUCACCAAUCGAGAAGUUAUGUUGUGCCCUGAUCUGGACAACUCGGAGACUGAGACAGUACAUGUUGUACCAUACAACCUGGCUAAUCUCUAAAUUGGACCCUCUGAAAUACUUGAUAGAAUCAACCGCUCUGAAUGGAAGAAUGGCCCGAUGGCAAAUUCUCCUAUCUGAAUUUGACAUAGUCUUUGUGAACCAGAAGGCGGUCAAAGGGAGUGCAAUAGCGGACUUCCUGGCAAGUAGAGCUCUGGAAGAUUAUGAACUAUUGAACUUUGAUUUCCCAAAUGAAGAUUUGAUGUAUGUUGCAACUACAGAAAAAGAUUUCCAAGAAGGUGGUCUUUGGAAGCUAAAUUUUAAUGGAGCUUCAAAUGUUAUAGGCAACGGAAUCGGGGCAAUACUCAUGUCCCCUAGUGGAGAUCAUUACCCUUUCACUAGCAAAUUGGAUUUUGAUUGCACAAAUAACAUGGCUGAGUAUGAAGCUUGCAUUAUGGGCAUCCGAGUAGCCAUAGAGUGGAAAAUUAAGGUGCUAGAAAUAUACUGGGACUCUGCAUUAGUAAUUUACCAGCUCAAAGGGGAAUGGGAAACAAGAGACCCGAAGUUAGUCCGCUAUCGAAAAUUGGUUAUGGAAUUGAUUGAGGAAUUUGAUAGUGUCACCUUUAGCUAUCUCCCACGAGAUGAGAACCAGAUGGCAGAUGCUUUGGCUACCCUAGCUUCUAUGUUCAAAGUGAACAAACUAGAGGAUAUGAACCCUAUCCAGAUCAGCAUUUAUACGGCUCCAGCCCAUUGUUGCAACAUUGACAAUGAAGGGGAAGAGGAUGAUCACCCCUGGUAUCAUGACAUAUUGCGAUAUGUGAAGAGUCGUGAGUACCCUGACCGUGCGACGGAAAAUGAUAAGAAGACAUUAAGGAGAUUAGCCAUUGACUAUGUCCUAGAUGGGGAAAUUUUGUAUAAAAAGGGAAAAGAUUAA